GCUAGAAGACAAGAUUUUUUAAUUUCUCUCUUUUCCUCUGGCUGUCCAAGAUUUUCAACAUUUUCGCGUUAAUGAUUUCAAUAUAUCCGCUUUUAUACACCAUUUCUAAAAUUCUACUCGAUUAGACACCGGCAAAUAGAUAAUGUAGUGGACAGAGGUCAAGUAACUGUACGUGAAAGGUGUGAAACAAAAUACUUGUCGCAGAGCUUCUGCACGAGUUUGUACUCACGUGUGAAAAGUACAUAAUGUCUCGAAGCAGAACAGACGAAACUGCAGUCUGUAACAGUUGCGACACGGGAUGCUGUUCGUAUCAGUCUUCCUCGCGUGCAGCCUAAUCUGCCUAGCGAGCUCCUCGAGAUGCCCGGAACCGAGGAAGCCGCAUCUAACGAGUUGCACGAUUUUCUACAAUUGCAUGAAUCUACCCGGCGGUGGUUACGUGUGGAUCCCAUCGAAAUGUACCGAGGGCUUGGUGUUCCAACCAUAUUUGCGGAUGUGCGUGGUUCCCGGUGAUAUCUGGACGUGUGACACACUCUCAACCGAGCGCGCUCCCGUAACGAAGAAGCACGGGAUACUCGAGUCGAUGGAUACUAGCUAUCUGGGAUAUACGCAGGAUCCCUCGGGAUUCUCCGAAACAAUCGAUUCGUCCUACGUGAUCGACGACUUCUCCGACUUGACAACUGAGGCAACCGCGUAUCCCUUAAUCGAAUUCGAAGAGGACAAAACGAAGCAAGAAGACAAGAGCGUGAGAAACGCGUCCUAUCACAGGGAGGAGAAUUAUUUGUACAUCUACACAAACAGCCAAGAGCAAUCACCGUUCUCCCUGAUACAAGAAUACAAGAACAUCCUGGACAGUCAUUACAAAUGGCUGAACGAAUUGAUGAGCCAGUUACAGGCUUACAACGGGCUAUCAGCUACAGUAACGGACUCCUUGACGAUACCCAUCAAAGACGCCACAAUCGUAAAGCCGACGCAAACUAUUACCAUACUCGCGUCUCAUAAUCAACAGCAGAACGUAUCGUUGAACUACCUUGCGCAAGGCCACACCGAGGGAAACGAGUUACAUAACGGUGAACCGACCGAAUUAGUGGAGACCGGUGGGCCUCAACAGAUCGUCGCGACAACGGACAGCACCGUUUCGACAGAGAGCACCCUAGAGCUGCUAAUCAACAGUCUGGACUCCGAUAACAGCAUAAUAAGAAUCAGUGAUAAUCUCGGAAACAAACAGUAUCUCACAAUCGAGCGGUACAGGGCCGUGGCGCAUCGAUUAACGCCGCGGACCGUUACCGUCGUGGCGUGCACGAGAAACGUCCGUCUGCCGAACAGGACCGACUGUAACCGGUAUUACACAUGCGAGCCAAAAACGGCCACUGUAGUGGAGUACUCGUGCCCGCUGCACACGGCUUUUAACGUGUACUCGCGAAUCUGCGACGUCGAGAGCGUGAAAACGUGCAGCCGGAACCAUAGGCCUCUUACAAAUGAAAUAUUUAUCGAACGUGCCGAAGACAAAGCUACGACGGCACACGAAGAAGCUGAGGAGAGUUUGUGCCGAGAGCUCGGUAAAAUCAAGGAUCCCACUUCCGAUUCUCAUUAUUACAUCUGUUACAACAUGCCGGAUUCCGAAGAAAUCAAAUCGAUCCGAAUGACCUGCCCGAAUACCCUGAUAUUUUGCCAGAGCAAGAAAGUGUGCACCACCAGACGACUGUGCGACGUCCUGCCGUGAAAUAAAACAAGAAUUUCCUCUUUUUUUUCUUUACC